CGAAAAAUCUCCAAUUCAUCAACACCGCCGAAUAUCGAUAUCUUGGAAUCCAAUUGCGCCCAUUAUCAAUACCACAGUCUUGGUAUAACCAGUACCGGAAAAGUGCCGAACUUUCGAUUGCGACACAUCGAUUAUCAACAUAGAACCACCGACGUCUGUUCAACUACCACAAUGGCCGCUGUAACAACCGCGCCUCGUGGUCUUCAACCAAACGCAUCUUUACCAGCCAAGGUUCAACCUAUUCCUCCUAAUCAAACUCUCUACGUAACGAAUCUCCCCUCCUCGAAAAUCCAGAAAGCCGACCUGCGAACCGCCCUCUACCUACUCUUCUCCACAUACGGACCUGUCCUCGACGUUGUCGCUCUUAAGACAAUGAAGAUGCGCGGUCAGGCCCAUAUCGUAUUUCGGGACGUUCAGUCUGCUACACAAGCUAUGAGAUCUCUUGAGGGACAAACAUUCCUCGGUCGCGACUUGGUCAGUGGAGCCUUUCCGUGGUGGUGGAAUCAGCCUAACUCGUUCGCCAGAAAAUACAAUAUGCGAAGUCCAAGUCCAACUUUGUGGCUAAACUCGACGGCACUUUCAAGAUCCCUAAUGUCGCAGGUGCCACCAACGUCGAGCAGACUGAACUGCAACAGAGCAUCUUCAACGCUCCCCCUCCCGGUUCAGCGCCGGCACCGACGCCCGGCUCUGGUCUUCCUGCGAAGCCUGCUGUGAACGCGGACCACGUUAUGGAAGACGCCGAUACACCAGGUGGCCGAGGACAGAAGCGAACCCGUGACGAUGAGGAUAGUGAUUCGGAUGUUGCCAUGGAGGAGGACAGUGAUGAUGAUUGAUGAGCAAGAAUGAACCCAUGAAGGUCGGCGACAUUUCUGAGAGACGCAAUCGAUACGCUACUGCAUUGCCAUUUCUUUAGGGACCCAUAGCCCUACGCAACCUCCUACAAGUCCGAGCCAUAUCAUGAGAUAGUUCGUCCUGUCGCACUCGAAUUUGGAAAUUGCGUCUCCCAGCAAGCAGGGGUGGACAAAGAAGGAUGGGACGCCCGUGAUAGGGUGGUGCUGUGAGCAAGAUGUUAGUUAGGCCGACCAAUCUUGACGAUACCCAGAAUCUUGGAAUUGACUUGUGCAAACAGCUCUCCCCAGAAAACGUACAUCGGCCGAAAUACCGCCUACAUUGCCCAGUGCCCGAAGCCCGGCCUUGUACUCGUCUGGUACAAGGCGGCGAAAGACAGUGUCAAUGUUGAAUGCUGGCUCAUCGGCAGGUAGGUUGCGUAGAUUGAACCAUAGACAUGGCACACGAUACGUGGGGUGAAGGUGAAUUUCAUACUCCACCAUGGCAACUUCUGGGCGAGUUCGUUGUCUGAUUAGAGCGGCCUGUCAUAAUCUGUAAGACGAAAUUCAACAUUUGAAAGAUAUUAUAUUGAAGAUAAGUUACCUCGUCUGCUUCUUCAGCAUCUAACAUAUCCUUAUCCCCACCUAUUGGUAUAUGCGUUUUGUCGUCUGAGAAGGAGAAUCCAUCCAAAUCUAGUGAAAGAUCUCCAUGAUCUAGAUUAAACUCAAGAGGCCGCCUUAUUUGGAUAUAUGUUGUGAAACCCCCACCAUAGGCGAAGUCUGUGCAAAGAGCAUUGCAGAGCCUCAGCUUCCACCGUGCUCGUUGGGGGCCCAAAGACGCUUGGCAGUAUUGUCUGUCAAGGUGAUGGCAUGCUUCUGAGAACUCUUCUACGGUAAGAGAAGGGAAGUUUUCAAUAGCCAUUCCGACUGGAUUAUUGUGGUCGAGGUCUGGAGAGUUUUGAUACCAGAGGUGAAGUUUGUGAUUGAGUUGGGUAUCACUUCCACGUGCCGUCAUUUUAGGUGCGAAGGGUCCACGUACCUAAGCUGGUGGUAAUUUUAGUGCUUAGAUCUAGCACAGCAUGAUUGUUUGACAGGACUAUAUUUGGUUGGGUGUAACAUUCAUGUAAGCUUUGAUUUGUUAAGGUACCUAUUUAUUUGUUUCUAGGGACUACCGACGGUACCGGU